AAAAACAGUAGCUAGCGUGGUUACAACCUACAGAAAGCUAGCCAACCGAUACCAAUCACACUUUAAAUAAAUAAAUAAAUAAAUAAAUAUACGAUCAUAUAAACUGUUUUCAGAUCUCCAUGAUUCCACUCUUAUAUAUAGAUACUAACAUCGAUCAUUUAAAUUAUUUAAAAGCGUCAGUUAGGGGAAAUUCAAGUUUUACCGCCUCCUCAUUCCUACGUCAUCAGGAAGGGCCUAAACUAGGAAAACAUAUUACGUCACUCCCGCGCGACGAGCUAGUUUUCCGCCGUGAUAGCAGCAUGAUGGAGGCGUGCGGCUCUUCUAGCGUUUCUCUGAGAGAGUUUGGCUGUGAACAGAGUUUAUUGUCUCGGCCUGACGGUUCAGCGUCCUUCGUCCAAGGAGACACGAGUGUGUUGGCUGGAGUGUACGGACCAGCCGAGGUCAAAGUCAGCAAGGAAAUCUAUGACCGAGCAACACUGGAGGUGCUGAUUCAGCCCAAAGUUGGACUGCCCAGUGUGCGGGAACGAUCACAAGAGCAAUGUGUGCGAGAGACGUGUGAGGCAUCUCUCCUCUUGACGCUUCAUCCUCGCUCCUCUCUCACUCUUGUUCUUCAGGUGCUCCAUGAUGAUGGUUCACUCUUAUCCUGCUUUUUGAAUGCUGCCUGUAUGGCUCUGAUGGACGCAGGCCUGCCCAUGUGCUGCCUGUUCUGUGGAGUGACCUGCGCCAUCGACGCAAACGGUCAGAUCAUCACAGACCCCACUGCAGCUCAGGAGAAGGAAAGUCGAGCUUUGAUGACAUUUGCUAUUGACAGUAAAGAAUGCAGGGUGAUGAUGUCAUCAACCAAAGGAUCAUUUUCAGUUCAUGAGCUGCAGCAGUGUAUAGCUGUCAGUCAGAAAGCAUCAGAGAAGAUCUUCCAGUUCUACAGAGACUCCGUCAAGCGGCGAUACUCCAAAACCCUCUGAUGAAGAAUUAGCUCUUUUCUAGCCUGUUUUUUUUUAAACAAUGUAUAAAUGUACUGAUGUUGUGAUAAAAUAUUCAGAGACUACUCUGGGCUGCCUUUGCUUCAGUUCAGUUGGAGUUAGCUGUGUUUGAAGUGAAUGAUUUUGGCAGAACAUUUGCAAUUAAACUAAAUGCAAAAAAAACAGGGGAAAUGAAUCAAACAAGUGCAUUUAUUUGGGAUUCAUUGAUUCCUCUUUCAGUUUAAUAUUUACAUGUAAUACAAGGGUGUCAACUGGGAAAUAAUAUCUCUUGUACUAAUAAAUCUCAUUUCCCACAACA